AUGUUGAAUAACGUUCCAAGACGAUAUUUAGUAAUAAGUUUAUUUAUUGUGUGUUGGACUCUUAUUUAUAAGAUCUAUGUGACUCCAUCUCAUUCUCGUUUCUCGUUUACUGCCAAUGAAAAGAAUCAGAACACUAAACAAUAUGAAAUAUCAACAUGGCGUGAACUUUUUCAACUUAAAGCUGGCCUAGCAUUAUCUUCGCAAAGUAUAGCUGAAUAUUACAAAGUCGAUGGAUUUCACCUGAAUAAAGAACAGUGGAAUACGUUGGCUUGCACAUUAGCGAAACCUGCUGGAAUUAUUUCUGGCUCUUCAGUAAUCGAUUUUGGUUGUGGUGUUGGAGCUUUUCUAUAUGAAAUUUCGACUCGGUGCGGUGUUAAAUCAAACAUUCAUGUAUUCGGUAUUGACUUUGCCCCAACUAUGAUUCAAAUAGCCGAUCAGUGGCUGACGCCUUCUGUCGACCGUGAUGCUGGAAUUCAACAUUUCUGGAUAGCAGAUAUAACAAAUGCUUCGAUCGUACCUUCAAAUUCUUUUACUCAUGCAGUCUCGCAUAGUGUAUUUCAAUAUUUACAGACGUACCAAAAUGCGUUUGAUGCAUUAUCAGAAAUGGCACGCGUUGUUAGGGAAAACGGAACCAUUGCUCUAUUGGAUUUAAAUGAUGCUGCUAAACGUUCUGAAGCGCUGAAGUCAUACCGACGAGACAAGAAUCGAUCAGCUCAUUUAUCCAAUUCUCCCACUUUAGAUCAUUUGUUUAUUCCAAAAAAUCUUAUAAAACAAUGGGCUGAUAGAUUAGGAUUGAAAAUUAUUUUGAUACUUGAUGAAUCGACUUUACCCCUGCAAUUUUACAAUCGAUCACCGUUUCGCUUUUGUGUUUAUAUGAAAAAAUCAACCCCUCUUAGAUGA